GUUAUGGUAGACUUGUGGACCAUGUAGUUUGGCGCGAAGGUCUCCGCCAAGGCUUCGCCGAAAUAAAAACCACACAACCCACAAUCCAUCAGGAGUUGCAAGCAGUAGCAUGCGCGCGGGCAGAGGCGGAGCUGCUAUAUAAACACGAGCUCCCUCUUCUUGAGCAGCACACUGGACACUAUUGUGACGGCGGAACGCAGUCUCUAGGUGAACGAGAACUGUGACAGCAUUGAAACAGUUAAUGGUAGUUAGCGACAGUUGCUCUGACAAACCCUUGGAGGAGUAACAAGUGUUUACUGUUCGGAAGUUUACUUUUCCUUUACGUGCGUUUGUCUCCAAACGUAAACAAUCUCAGAAGUUUAUUUAGUGAUUACGCGUGAUUGUGGACUAUUUUUGUUCAAAUUAGCGUCUUUUUUAACGAACUUUUAAGCUCAAUUACCGGAGCAUGGCUAUCAUCUAAAAAUGUGCUAAAGUGGAGCCAUAAGAGCGUAUCAUCAGGAUGACAGAACCAGAGGAGACGACCUAUCACCUGAAAACUUCAGCCAGUCCUUCAGGUGGGAGCAGGAGAGACGCGUUGGAGCAUCUCCCAGCCAGCAACCAUGAUGGACCACAAAACGGCGACAGGGGGCGACAGAGCGAACAGAAGCAGCAGCAGCGGGCGGAGAACUGUGAGGAUAUCAACACAGACAAGUUACGGCAAAUGAAAGGCGGGCAGAGGGAGGUGUGCCCUGCCUUAGCAGCCGGAAACGAGCUCCAGAAGUGCCCGAUUGCAACUCAGCCUCAUCAGAAAUCCAGUAUCCACGGAACGAGAGGGGAUCAUCACACCUCACAGGGGAAAAACGGUCAAGACAGACGGCUGCAGGUACAAGUGGAUAGUUUGCACAUCGACUCUGAUACGGGCUUAGAUGCGCGUCUGGGCAAGAAGAGGCACAGGCGCAGGACCUCCAAGAAGAAGCGCCACUGGAAACCAUAUAACAAACUUUCCUGGGAGGAAAAGAAAGCCCUGGAAGAGAGAGAGACGGCCAGGGCUUCGCGCAUAAGAGAGGAAAUGUUCGCCAAAGGGCUCCCGGUGGCCCCUUACAACACCACUCAGUUCCUGAUGGACGAGCACGACCGAGAGGAACCCGACCUCAACACCCAAAUGGGGGUCAGGCGGCCUUCGGGGGUCGGGGGUCGCAUGGAGGACACUGGCAGCGAGGAGGAAUUAUUAGAAAACGAGGAUCAGGACUACGAUGACGGCAGCGGCGGGGGCAGCGACGGCAUCGGGAGACCGGGGAACGCAGGUGGGGAGUUUCUCCAAAGAGACUUUUCUGAGACCUACGAGAUGUAUCACGUCGAGAGCCUGCAGAAUAUGACCAAGCAGGAGCUGGUGAAGGAGUACCUGGAGCUGGAGAAGUGCAUGUCCCGGCUGGAAGAGGAGAACAACCGGCUGAGACGCGCCGUGGAGCCCGGGGGUCAGAACUCCUCGGUCCGGGUCAAAGAGAUGGAGAAGGAGCUGGAGAGACUGAGAGCCCAAAACAUGGAGCUGCUUCUGAAGAGCCAGCCCAGCAAGGACAGGGGCCAGGUUGCUGCAAAUUAAGAUCUUUUGGAUAAGAAAUUGAAUAAGAAGAAGUUGCAGCUAAUAUUGGGCCAGCCUUUCAGAGACUGUUUGGCAAAACUUCAGAGUGAAGAUUUUAACAGUUGUGUGUUAACCUUUUUAGUUCCAAUAAAAAUUUGAAAUUCUGAAUCAGACUACCAUGUGUUGUUCAGCCUGUUCCCAAACACGGGAAGCGGUUAAUAAAAA